AUUCUGUAAUAACCCGGAAGUUGAAGGUUGUUUUGUUGACAUCAGGACGAGCGACGUUAAAAGAGAAAGGAAAACAAUCACCAAACGAGAGAGAAUUAUUCAGCAGGAUAAAUCAUCAGAAGCUAAAUUUCCGCGGACGAGAUUAAAGUUAAAGCAGUGCCAAAGUUGCAGGUCGUUUACAGACUCUGAGCUCGUGAUGCCCGAGAUCUGAGCGCGCUGUCGCUCCUCUCCUCCGUCGCCGUGGUGUUUGACCGCUGACUCCGAAAGGGCCCGUCGCCAUGGCAACCAAAGCGGGGGACGACCCGGAGAGCCUCAUGUCCCUGUGCACCGUGUUCUGUCUGAAGAACCUCAGAAGAACCAUGUGCUACACGGGCGAGAGGAACAAACUGUGUCUGCGUCCCGACGUCUUCUUACCCAGCGAGAUCUGCGACAAGCUCGUUAACGUGUACAUGGAGCUGGUGCACACAGACAGCGAGUUCGAGCCUCAGGACGGUUUCUUUCAGCUCUUCUGCGACCCGCACAGCACGCGACUGAGCCGCCUGCACCUCAGAGAGGACGCCGUACGAGACCGAGACCUCGAGGCCAUCGGGAAACAGGAUCUGAUGGAGCUUCACCUGACGUGCUGUAAUCACCUGAGCUCCCGAAGCCUCCGCACCCUGCGCAACUUCCGCCACACGCUCGUGUCCCUCAGCCUCUUCGGCUGCUCCAACAUCUUCUUCCGCAAGUCCUCCGCCGAGGACGACGAGGACGAGGACGACGACGAGGACGAGGAGUUCUGCGACGGCACCGACUUCUCGUUCCAGGGCUUCAGGAGGCUGUGCAUGUUGAACGUCGGCAGUCUGCCGGGGGACGUGGACCCUGAAGCUCUGCUGAAGCCUCUGGACACCCUGCGAGCGCUGGACCUGUCCUCGACACACCUGCCUCGCCCCGCCUUCCUGGCGCAGUGGAGGGAGCAGCUGGCCUCGCUCGUGCUCUACAACGUCGACCUGAACGACGAGCUCAUCGCCACCGUCCUGCACAUGAGCCGACUCAGGCACUUAGAUAUCUCGCGUGAAGGUCAGCGCUCCUCCAAGUUCAAACUGACGCGGAAGAUCCUGACGAACAUCGUACAGAGUUUAGGGAACCUCGUCUCGCUGGACAUCUCGGGACACGUCAUGCUGGACAACUGCACCGUGCCGUACAUCGAGGAGGCCAUGGGACCGCCCAGCAUCGAGCCCUGUAAGAGCAGUAUCUAUCCGUUCCAGGGGUUGAAGAGGCCUCUGCAGUUUUUGGGUCUUUAUAACACUACACUGUGUAACGUCACGCACAUCCCGGCCUUUAAGGUGACGGGUUCUAAGAAUGAAGAACAGGUGCUGAAUGCUAUCGAAGCUUACACUGAACAUCGUCCUGAGCUAGCACACAGAGCCAUCAACCAGCUGUUCGACUUCGUCCGGAUACAGCACUGCAACAACCUGGUCCGAGCAGUGCAGUUGGUGAUAGCAGCUCUGAAGUGUCAUAAGUAUGAUAAGAGUAUCCAGGUGACGGGCAGCGCCGCGCUCUUCUACCUGACCAGUACGGAGUACCGGAAUUAUCAGAGCGUGAAGAUGCGCAGGCAGGUCAUCGAGGUCGUGCUCAACGGCAUGGAGCAGUACCAGGAGGUCACGGUUCAGAGGAACUGCUGUCUGACUCUCUGUAAUUUCAAUAUUCCUGAUGAGUUGGAGUUUCAGUAUCACCGCGUCAACCUGCUGCUGCUGAAGAUCCUCGAGCCGGCGCGUCAGGACGAGUCCAUCCAGCGCAUCGCCGUGCACCUGUGCAACGCCCUCGUCUGCCAGGUGGACAACGACCACAAAGAGGCCGUCGGCAAGAUGGGCUUCGUUAAGACCAUGUUGAAUUUAAUACAGAAGAAGCUGCAUGACAGACAGUGUGAUCAGGUGAUGGAGUUCUCAUGGAGUGCGUUGUGGAACAUCACAGACGAAACGCCAGACAACUGCCAGAUGUUCCUCAACUGCAGUGGCAUGAACCUGUUCCUGGAUUGCUUAAAGGAGUUUCCAGAUAAACAGGAGCUGCACCGUAACAUGCUGGGGCUGCUGGGUAACGUGGCUGAGGUGAAGGAGCUCAGACCUCAGCUUCUCACCAGCCAGUUCAUCACCGUCUUCAGUGUUCAGUAUAGAGAUUCUCAGCUGCUGAAAACCUUUAAAAGUAUUUUAAAGACAUUUGUAAAUCGAGUCGUGAGCAGUAACCUGUUGGGGAGCAAGGCGGACGGGAUCGAGGUGUCGUAUAACGCCUGCGGGGUUCUGUCCCACAUCAUGUUCGACGGGCCGGACGUGUGGACUGUGGAGAACCCUAACCGAGAGACGGUCAUGGACAAAAUGUGGGACGCCAUCCAGAGCUGGGACGUCACCUCGCGUCGCAACAUCAACUACAGGUCGUUCGAGCCUAUUCUGCGUCUCCUCCCUCAGAGUAUAUCACCUGUCAGUCAGCACUGGGCCACCUGGGCUCUUUACAACCUGGUCUCUGUGUACCCGAGCAAAUACUGUCCAUUAUUAGUAAAGGAAGGAGGCAUUGCAUUGUUGAAGAAAGUUCUCGAGCUGGAGUCUUCUCACCAGGACACAAAGACCAUGGCACGCAAGGUGAUGGAGCAGUGUGAGAAUUUUAAGGAGGAUCCGAUGGACACCAGCAGGUAAAUGGUGAAGAGCAGGAGUUCUCACAUAUCCGCGUCCGGUCCACCUUAAAACACGCCUGGACGCCUAGGCUAAAGGAAGCUAAGGAAGCUAGCGCACCCCGCCCCCGUCUGUUCCACGCCAUUCAGGAUUUUACAGUCUCCUCUCUGCUGUGUGUGUGUGUGUGUGUGUGUGUGUGUGUGUGUGUGUGUGUGUGUGUGUGUGUGUUGGACUCUGUGGGUCAAGAUGGACGCUCGCCCUCUCAAUAAACACUCCUGUGAAAAUAAAAAUGACACUACACACAAGGGAGAUGACUCGCACAACAGGAGUGUGUGUGUGUGUGUGUGUGUGUGUGUGUGUUUUCGUAUUUCUGUCGCACAACAGUGUUUGUAUCAUCCAUUAUCGUUUUUGAGUGUUUUGUUACUUGGUACUUUUUAUGAGUGUAUGGUUUAAUUCAUGGUUUUUGUGUGUGUGUGUGUGUGUGUGUGUGUGUGUGUGUGUGUGUGUGUGUGUGUGUGUGUUAAAGAACAAAACCAGUGGAAAGUUCUCAUGUGUUUGACUGGGAGCACAAAACAAAGGACAGAAAGAAAUGCUGCCUCUCACUGUGUGUGUGUGUGUGUGUGUGUGUGUGUGUGUGUGUGUGUGUGUGUGUGUGUGUGUGUGGAAUGAGAUUCACUUAAAUGGCCCUUUGCCCUGUGACAUCAUAACUCCCACGGACUUUCUGGAAUGAUGAUGUCACACACUUCGGAUGACGCCACGUCGCAAUUUCGGAUCUCUGAGGACAAUUUAUGGCUUGAACGGAGACACACACACACACACACACACACACACACCACUUAACACUUCAACUUGUGUGUUCUCUUUGUACAUAUUACACGCCUCUGCCUUUUUUUUGUGUGUGUUUUUACGACACUCUGGUGACACACUCCCACUCCAGAAAAAAAAAAAAAAGAGUCCAGUUUAAUGUAAGUUCCAGCGUGGGAAUGGCGUUAAUUAUGUUUUAUUAUUAUUAUUUUUAAAGCGGCGUUUCUUUUUGCUGAUGGAAUGUUUUGGAGUGUGUGUGUGUGUGUGUGUGUGUGUGUGUGUGUGUGUGUGUGUGUGUGUGUGUGUGUGUGUGUGUGUGGGAUUUGCAGUAAGAUCAGAACAUGAUUUGUGAUGAUAACGAUCUAUAACGUUUGGACAGGUGGCAGGAUAAACGACUCGUAAAUCCAUAUCGCUUCAUGUUUAACGAAAUAAAUCACCAGGUCGGGAUUUUGUUCUACUUUAUGUAAUCUGGAAGGUUUGGGAGACGAUGCUGAGCGUUCCGUCGCCGUCGUCAGGAUGCGUCUUCGUCUUCUUGUCUUCUGAUCUAGAAACAGUUUUGUAAUUUUCUAUAGAACAGUGGUUCUCAAUGUGAGGUACGGGGAACCUCAGGGGUCUGAGAUGCAAAGCGAGCAGGUCUGAGAUUGUUUUUUUAAGCUAAAAAUGGAUUCUAUUUAUAAGUUCCUGUGGUUAUUAGUCUGCUCACUCCAAAUGAAUUUAAUUUAAUUUGAGUUGAAUCCAAUCCUGACAAACAAGACUUCCUACAAACAUGUCAAAUUCAGUCUCAUGAAAAUUUAUAAAUGAAUAAACAUGUUCUGUCUGUGGAAGGUUCAGGAAUGAAAAGCUCAAUGGCUUCAAUAAACAGCCAAAAAUAUUAUUGUGCACAUUUAAAUAAUGAGCCUGAUUUCAUUAAUAAAAAUAAAUCUGUA